UCGAGUUUUGGGCCUGGAUACACGCCGAAACGGUCAUUCAUUUUCCAUUGUUUCCACCUUUACCAGCAUCUUUCCGAUUGACUAGCCAAAGAUUUCCGAUGGCAGUCGGCCGCACCAACGUCCGCGUCGUCGUCGUCGGCGACCGUGGCACCGGCAAAUCCAGCUUGAUUUCAGCUGUCGCUUCCGAGGCCUUUCCCGAUACAGUACCGCACGUCUUGCCUCCUACUCGCCUCUCUCCCGAUACUUUUCCCGACGGCGUUCCCAUUACAAUCAUCGAUACUUCUUCCAGCUUGGAAAGCAAAGGCAAGCUCGCCGAAGAAUUGAAGCGAGCCGAUGUUGUUUUGCUUACCUACGCUUGUGAUCAGCCUGCAUCGCUAGAUCACCUUGGCAAUUUCUGGCUCCACGAAUUUCGUCGAUUAGAAGUGAAGGUGCCAGUUAUUGUAGUUGGGUGUAAGUUAGAUUUGCGAGAUGAACGGUUUCCUGUGAGCUUAGAUCAGAUUAUGGCUCCUGUAAUGCAACAAUUUCGUGAGAUUGAGACUUGUAUAGAAUGUUCCGCAGCUAACCUAGUCCAGGUGCCUGAAGUCUUUUAUUUUGCCCAAAAAGCAGUACUUCAUCCCACAAGCCCAUUAUUUGAUCAAGAUACUCAAGCACUUAAGCCCCGAAGUAUGAGAGCAUUGAAACGGAUAUUUGUUCUCUGCGAUCAGGACAUGGAUGGUGUUCUUAAUGAUACCGAGCUAAAUGAGUUUCAGGUUAAAUGUUUCAACACUCCGUUGCAGCCAGCUGAGAUGGUUGGUGUUAAGAGAGUUGUACAAGAAAAGCUACCAGAAGGUGUUAAUGAAUUUGGACUUACCCUGACAGGUUUCUUGUUCCUCCAUGCUCUUUUUAUAGAGAAGGGUUGCCUUGAGACAACAUGGACUGUCCUGAGGAAAUUUGGCUACGAUGAUACUCUUAAUCUGAGGGAGGAUCAACUUUCAGUUCCAUCCACGAAAGCACCUGACCAGACUGUGGAAUUGACUAGUGAAGCUAUGGAGUUUCUGAAGGGAGUCUUUAGUUUGUUUGAUGCUGAUAAGGAUGGAGCCCUGCGACUUCCUGAACUUGAAGAUCUAUUUUCAACUGCUCCAGAAAGUCCUUGGGAUGAAUCUCCUUAUAGAGAUGCGGCAGAGAGAAGUGCAUUUGGCGGAAUCUCUCUUAAUGGGUUUCUAUCUGAGUGGGCACUUAUGACAUUGCUGGAUCCAACAAAAGGUUUGGCUAAUCUAAUUUACAUUGGAUACACUAGUCACCCUGCAUCAGCACUUCGUGUUACUAGAAGAAGAUCAAUUGAUCGGAAGAAACAACAGACUGACAGAAAUGUAUUCCAGUGCUUUGUUUUUGGACCCAAAGGCUCUGGAAAAUCUUCUUUGCUGAAAUCAUUUUUGGGAAGACCAUUUAUGGAAACUACUUAUUCAAAAGCUGAGGAGCGUUAUGUUGCCAAUAUUGUCGAUAGGCCUGGAAGAACAAAGAAGAUACUUGUACUGAGGGAGAUUCCAGAAGAUGGUGUCAAAAUGCUGCUGGAAAAGAAGGAAGCUAUGGCAGCUUGUGAUGUGGCUGCUUUCGUUUAUGACGGUUCUGAUGAAUACUCAUUGAAGCGAGCCUCGGAAUUGCUAAUGGAGGUCACAAAAAAAGGAGAAGAAACUGGGUUUUUGGUACCUUCACUUUUGAUUGCAACUAAGGAUGAUAUAGAUUCAUAUCCAUUGGCAAUAAAAGAAUCUGCUGAGAUAUGCCAGGAUAUGGGAAUUGAUGCGCCUAUUCAUAUAAGCGUGAAGGAAGGAGAUCUGAACAAUGUAUUCUGCAGAAUCGUGAAUGCAGCUGAUCGUCCUAAUUUAAACAUCCCAGAAACUGAAAUGGGAAGGAAGCAGAAACACUUCCAUCAGUUUGUUAAUCGCUCAAUAAUGCUAGUUUCUGUUGGGGCUGCAGUCGUUAUGGUUGGGUUGGCAGCUUAUCGCACAUAUGCUGCAAGGAAAAACACCUCAUCUUAAGAAGAAUGUCGGGUAAAUAUACUAUAUUUGUUUCAUUAUCUCGGGUUAACUUAAACCUCUUUUCCCACUUUACAUACACUAUCUAUUUAUUAUUCAUUUGAAUUGUUUGACGACAAAUCUUAGGACUCAGACUUAGAUGAAACUCAAUAAUUUUCUCAUUUUGAUUGUUAAAUAAAUUGUGUUUCUAUCAUAUAUUUUUAACAAUAAAAGUAGGCUCAAGUGGGCUACUGCUGCUCUCA